AUGUCACUGGAACCCAGUUUGCCGUGGCAGCCACAGAGGCCUAGCCCAGGCAUGCUGGCCCGCAGUGAGGAUCGGCCACCACACCAUGGGGAGUUUUGGGUGGCGGCCAGGAAUGUCAGCAUCUUCGGCCUAGCGCUGUGCGCCUACUGCCUCACCAGGUCAAGGAGAGUGGGGACCAGGAGGCCCUCGCAGAGCAUCAAGCGGCUCCGCAGCUCGGGCUGCUGCCGCAGCCGGCCGAGGAGGGCCCAGGGCGAGCAGGAGGACAAAGUGGAGAAGAUGCAGGUGAAAGAGGGGAGCAUCUACGCACUGCUUUUGGUCUCCUGCUUCAGCCUGCUAGGCUUUACGAUGCCGUCGCCGGCACUUCCAGAGAUCAGGAACAGAUUCGUUCUGCCUGAUUGGGAGACGGGGCUGGUUGCCGCGUCCAUGUCGUUGGGGAUGUUGGCUGCUGUUUGGUUCUGGCCGACCCGGAGCGAUGCCUGGGGACGUACCAGAGUUCUGAAGCUCUCCAUGUCCAUCACAGCCCUGUGUUUUCUGGUUCAGGCUGGUUUUCUUGGGAUGGAGUGGUUCCACGCCUUCCUCUUCAUGAGACUGGUGACGGGCUGCUUCGCGGGCUGCAACCCGAUUUUCAAAGCCUACUUGGCUGACGUUGUCCCAGCCUCUGAACUUCCACGCUUCAUGGUUUGGCGGGAGGCCUCCGCCACCUUUGCGUUUAUUGUCGGGCCACUGCUGGGAGGUCAGAUGACGGCACGGCUUGGUAUUGCAGGACCCUUUAUUGCGACGUUCUUUGCCCACUUGCUCGGCGCUGUGAUCUGCACAAAAUUUGUGGAAGAGUCCCCGGUGCGUACAGAGCGCACUGAGAAAGUGGAGGAGUCCAAUAAUUCAGAAAGCGACAAGUGGCCCCUGCUGGUGACCAAGGUCUUUGUUAUGUCCUUCUUCUAUGUGGUGAGCCAGACUUGCUUCUCGUUCUUCACCCCACUUCUGCUCCACGACGGAUUUGGUUUCGGAGCGCCGGCGAUAGGGGGAUUCCUGACCUUGGUCAGUUCGGGGGUGCUUGCUUGUCAGUUGGUCUGCUACAAGCCGCUGGAGCGACGGUUAGGCUUGGAGCGCACAGGGGCAGUUGGAGCCCUGACGAUUCUAGUGGGUCUCAUGCUCAUGGGCAUUCCUGUCGAGCAGCCUUACUUGUUGACUCUUGGCGGGGCCUGCUACGCAUUUGGGUCGGCGACCUUCCCUGCGACGGUGCCCACUCUCUUGGCAAAGUCUGUGAGCAAAGACCAGCGCGGAAAGGUUUUGGGGAGGGAUUCCCUCAUCAACAAUGUCGGCAGAGUUAUCACACCUCUUGGUCUUGCAUACCUCUAUGGCAAGUCUCGCUUCCUGUGCUUCGGUGCCGGAGCCUGCGCGAAGUCUCCGUAUCCCAGCAUAAAACUGCUAAGGGCCUGGCUCUUCGCCAGACUGGCUCCCUUUUGCGGAGCCUUCAGCUUCUUCAUGAAGCGGGCCCAGAUGGAAGGUGCAGACGGAUCGCCUGAAGGUCCUCCCAGUUCUCGCCGCUACUGCGAGAUCUCAAGAGCGAGGAUGGGCACAAACAGCUCCUGGCUCUCACAGAGCUUGCAGAGUUCAGAAGAGGCCUUGAUCUCCUUUCCCAUGGAGACGUUUAUCCCCCUUCUCAUCAACCUGCUGGGAAAUCCUGGCAAUGGUGAUGAGACAACGGCGCAGGUCAUGCUGCUGGCAUGUCGCUGCCUCUUCAACGUGGUCGACAUUCUGCCUCCGACUGCGAGGAUCAUUGUCGGUCAUGGGGGGCUCUCCGUGCUCUGUGCAAAUCUCUUGAACAUUGAGUACAUAGACGUCGCUGAGCUCACAGUUUCCAUCAUUGAGCUCAUUUCAGAGGAUCAGCCCCUGCAAGUGCUGAAAGCCGGGGGUCUCGAAGCCAUCCUCUCCUUCCUGGACUUCUUCCAGAUCUCUGUGCAGCGGCAGGCUGCAAAUGCUGCAGCCGCCAUGCUCCGUGCAGUUCCACCACCAGAUGUGUUCAACCAGCAAGUGAAGCCUGCGUUGCCAACGCUUGCGCAACUGCUCGACCCCAUGUUCUUUACUCCAUUUGUGAAGGGUGGCGACGGGUCAUUGAUGGCUGCAUCGCUGCGCACGAGCGCCCCAAGCAAGAGUCCUCCAAUGCAGGUGCUGGCGCAUCGCUCGUGUCGCGCUUUGCAGCGCAAGCGCGGCUACGCUUCUGGUUGUGCAAAUGCUGUUUGGGUAGAGUUUCAGUUCGAACUGGAAAUUUGGAGCCAGGCCCUGACCACUGUGGUCGUGGAACGAAGCUUCGGCUCCGAGGGAGCCAAGAGGGAAGCUACCGAGGAGGAGGAAGAUGAUGACGAUGAUGAAGACGAGGAGGACGUGCUUCCUCCCGCACCACCAGCCGGGGACCCAGGACACAAUGCCCUCAGCUGUUGUGACUGUAGCUUGUGCAUCCAAUUCCUACGGCAGACAUUUUGGCAGGACAUGAUUCCCAGUAGCGUGCUGAGCAACCUGUUGCUGCUGUUGGGCAACGGCAUCUCCUCGCCAACGCCGCAGACCUCCGUAGUCGUGGCUGAGGCAGAGGGAGCCCGCAAGGUUGCGCGAAGGGCAACGGAAGCGAAGCUUCGAGCCAUGGAGAGCCUCAGAGCCUCGCCUUGGCAGGUGCUUUACAUUCUGUCCGUUCUGACGAACUACUCGCACAACUUCACAGAGGAAGUCUUGAAGCAGGACAUCUGCGGCCUGCUCGGCAUGAUGGUGUUAGGCAUGGAUGUGGUUGGAUCCGGAGUGGGCUCGGCUCAGGGCAGCUCGUUGCUGAUCCGGGUACUGGCGCUGGUUGCCUCUGUUAUGCCAGCCGUCCUGCUGACGGAGUCGGGAUGUGUGUGCGAGGAACGUCGGCUUGUGGUAUUCCGGCAAAAUCCGGAGUUCCUUGAUGUCGAUGCCCCAAAUGCACCUGCACAGUCCAUCAGUUAUCUGUUGCAUUCAGUGCCUGUGCUGGCAACUUGCGAGUCCUUGUAUGGCCCGGACCCGAGAUCUUGCCAGGCCUUAAGCAAGACCUUCCUCCCGAUGCUGAUCGACAUCUGCCAGGUCUCCCGUCUCAUCGCCUUUUCGCGCUCGUUUCUGACUCUCUCUGAGUGCUGGCAGGCCUCCAUGGAUCCAGCUGUGCAGUCUGUUUGCAUCUCGCUGCUGCUGACCUUUGCUCUUGCCAGCACGUUGCUGCGGAAAAACUUGGAGCCCGUCCAGUUGGCGAGCUUCCUGGCGAGCCUGCUGUUAACAGAGCCAUCGACAUCAGUGACUCUCUCGUGCCUGCUGAUUGGGGAGCAGACCCUGCGGCACCACUACGGUGCCUAUGCGCUGCACUUCAUCCGUCAGGGCGUUCGCCAUGCCAUUGCUAAUCAGGCAAUCGGGUUCGCUGUUCACUGA